UGCUUGCCAAAUCUGAUUCAGCUGCCGGAAACUUUAUGGCUUCUGACAAAGCGGUCAGAGCUCCGUGUGUUGAGGUCUUGGGAUCUCCGCUUUCCCUGGAAGGUUUUCAGUGUGGACGUGGGGUCAGCAGCGGGGGCAGAUAUGCUGCAGGGAAGGGGCCCGGUCAGGCUGUUGACGCUGGCCUUUUACAUGCUACAUGUGGUCGGCCACGUGAACCCAACUUCAACUCAUGUCAAAUAUCAGCAGCGGAAGGCCCAAAGUGAACGUGCAGCUGGCGAACUCAUGAAGCGGAGUCAGCAAACUUGUACUUCACUGGACAAGUCCGUUCAUCCCGACCAUCCCCACCUGCGGCACCCCCGUGCUCUUUCUGCGGGAGACAAGUUCGGCAAGGCGCUGUACUUCAGUGGGAACGAGGUACUGAAGUUCAAGGAUCCCAACAGCGUGAAUGAGUACUCAAUGGUCCCCCGUGAGGCUUUCACGGUGGAGGCUUGGGUGAAACCAGAGGGAGGCCAGGACAACCCCGCCGUCAUCAUCGGUGUAUUCGACGUUUGUUCAAUGUCCUCGCGUAACAAAGGAUGGUCUAUUGGCCUCAACUCUUCAGAGGAGCACGGAGAGAAAGAUGCGCGCUUCUAUUUCCGACUUCGCACGGACCGUGCCCGACAGGCCAGCACUAUAGUCGCUCACCAUCGAUACGAACCCAACAAGUGGGUCCACUUGGCCGCAUCCUACAAUGGACAGCGUAUGAAAUUGUAUAUCAAUGGUGCAAAAGUUGGCGUCAGUUUGGAGCAGAAAGGAAGUCUCUUCAGCAGAACCUCUAGCAAGUGUAAAGAACUGGAAAUCGGAGGUGAUCUUGCUAUUCGCAACUUUUUUCGAGGAAAUCUCGACAACUUUCUGCUGUGGUCGGAAUCCAUUCCCCAUAGAGAUAAAAACAACAUGCACAACCCAGCUACACCAAAAGGACCCAAAAAUCUAUUGAUACAGGAUGACUUCAGCGAUCACGACAUGUGGGUAACGACAAAUGACAAGAACGUGGAGGUGGUGCCGUCUGAUGUGCCACAUGAACCGCUGGACCUUCAACUGACAGCGCCACCCUGCGGACUUACUGUUUGUGACAACCCGGAGGUGGUCCACUCCCAUGUAGAGAACUGGCAGCUCCGACUUCCAAAAGAGGUGCGUUAUAGAGUAAUCAAUGUCGCAGAAGACGACGGUAGGAACCCGACUGUGUCUCGAGAACAAAUCCAGUACCAGCAUAAGAAACUGAACGAGGCUUUCCAGCCAUACAACAUAUCAUGGUCGUUGACUGAAGUGAACAUAUAUAAUACUUCACUGAGACGCACGACCAUCAUCUCUCACUGCAAACCGUCUUCUGUCACAAACGGGAAAUGUAAACCGGACUGUGAACAGGAGAUAACAGGGACCGAUGGUGGAAACUGUGAUGAGUUGAAGCAGCAAUGUCAAGUGGAGAUGAUAGGUGACGGAAAAUGUGACAGGUACUGUAACAGUGUGUACCAUGAAUGGGACGGUGGUGAUUGUUGUAAUCCGGACAAGACAGAGACUUACAGAACGUGCUUUGAUCCUUCAUCACCAAACAGAGCAUACAUGAGUUUGAGAGAGUACAAGGCUAUCCUGGGCUUCAACAGCACAACCCACCUGAACCUGUACUUCGCAGCCUGGACACAGGAGGGUCGUCUGGGCACAGCAACAUUCCCAUGGGAGAAGGAGGUGCAUGGGGUUUAUGGCGGAACUGUCUUGCAGCCAGAAAAAUUUGGUCGUCCCAAUGUGACUGACUUGAUGAUCCAUGAAUUAGGCCACAACCUUGGACUGUGGCAUGUCCACCACGGAGUGGAUGAGAUGUUCUGUAGCGAUGAGUGUCUCGAGACACGCCCUUCUAUGGAGCUGGGAGAUCUAUGUGCUGACACCCACCCUACCCCAAUGAACAAUGAAUGUAAAGACCCCGACUAUGACAAGAGCAUAUGUGGACUAGCCCCUUUCAAGCACACGCCAUACAACAACUUUAUGAGCUAUGCAGAUGAUUCUUGCACGGAGUCCUUCACGCCCCAGCAGGCAGCCCGAAUGCACUGUUACCUAGGCUUGGUCUACCAGGGUUGGCAGGUACAGAAACUUCCCAUCAUUGUCCUUCCUCCGAAAGUCCUGGAUGUCACAUCCAAGACCCUGUCAAUUGUCUGGCUGCCACCACUGACUGGGGAAAUGUUUGGAAUGAGUGGAGAUUGUGGAAGAUGCACGCAGUACAAGGCACUUCUACAAUACGCCAGCACUGCGUCCUCACCUACUACCAGCUAUCCUGAGGGACACUGGGGAUGGACCAUCAGUGAAGCUACAGGUCCCCCAGAUUCAAAGACAUGCGAUGUCACUGGAAAAGAAUGGCUGCCAAACGUCACCAUGUGCAAUCCCUGUUAUAUUGAGCUGGGCCUGGACACCCCAGUUGUACCCACAAGGCUGUCAGUCUGGGUGAAUUGGAAUCCUGCCAAUGGAAUCAACAACAUCCUCCUGAUAUAUACCGAUGGCACCGACACUUCUCUUGGCAGUAUAAAUGCUUAUUGCGAUAUGCCUUUCACCACCAAAAUCAAAGCUUAUAAGAAGUUGAAAAAGGUCCGUAUCUAUACAAGCUCCCCAUUUGUCGGCAUUGACGCAAUUCAGGUGGAAUCUGCAGCAGCACACCCUCUUUGUGAACAUUGCAAGAAGAUCAAGUACAAAGUUGGAAGAGAGCCUCCCUUCACAAAUGGCGAAGAAAUGGCGGUUGAGUCAACACGUUUCCUAGACAGUGACGUUAAGACUGGGGUGAUGUACAAAUACUGGGUAACGACUGCCGUGGGGUCCGUCGUGAGCAUGCCUUCCCCGGUUCUAGAGUACAGCUUCCCUGGUGCCUUUUGUGGUGACGGCGUGAUACAAGGCAGUGAGCAGUGUGAUGAUGCCAAUGCCAUCUAUGGCGAUGGUUGUGAUCUCAACUGUCAAUUAGAGGAGUUCUUCCAUUGCAAAGGAGAGCCAAGCCUCUGUUAUUUGCAUGAUGGCGAUGGUGUCUGUGAAGAGUUCGAGAGACGAUCCAGUAUUCAAGACUGCGGAUUCUACACACCCCCGGGCUUUACAGACCAAUGGGCAUCUGAGGCCAUGGCUAACCCAAAGUACCAGAAUAAUGACUGUCCAGAGGACGUGAUCGUUGGGCCUCCUCUGAGAACACAGAUGUGUGGACCAGAGGUCAACCCUCUAACAGCCUGGCAGCCUUGUUCCUUCUCAGGAAUACAUCUUUACCCGUUAUACUGGUUACGCGUGACGUUUCCACGCCCGGUGGUUGCUGUUGCUGUGAUAGUAUACCUGGCCUCAGAUGGCAUCACGUUACUCAGUGAUGAAAAGAAAACCAUUUCCGUGUCCCUGAUUGACACCGAGGGCAGGGAACAUGAUAUCGGGUCACGGCAGGUACCGCUGUCCUGUAAACAGAACCCAGUCGAGGUCUCCGUAGUACACGACCUUACUGCACCAUUCUACCACACCAAGGCGGCAAAGAUCAAGUUCAUGUCCAAAUACAUCGCCAUCUCCGCCAUUGCCCUUCGCUCCUCCGAUACUCUGGAUCCAGUUGCUAUUUCACGAUGCCAACAUGGAGAGAUGUACAACCCAGCCAGCCGACAAUGUCACCCUGCGACGACGUGCAAAAAAACAACGUGCCCUCCACUCAUAGUCAAGUAUGCCUCUGUUAACUCAAGGGCGUUGAAGAGAGACUCCCUCGUCAACUGUUCUGGAAUGCAGGAUGGCGAUAGUUGCUCAGUGCAAUGUAACAGGGGGUACUUGCCCAUUGGACCUCGCCAUGUGAUGUGUAUCAAUGGCCGAUGGAAUACGGAGGACCUGUCCUGCAAACCUAUGGACUGUGGAGAACCUAACAUCCCACAUGCAUCAAUUGUCUGCAAGGAGGGCCAUUCCUUUGGAAAAAAGUGUACAUUUAAGUGUAAAUCUCCUGCCAAACUCCAAGGUGAUGAAAACAUCAUAAGGUGUGAAGAAGAUGGGCUAUGGUCACUGCCUCAGGCGUUUUGCCAGCUGAUCUGUGGUCCACCACCGAAGCAAGAGAAUGCUAAUCUGGCCACUCAGCGGUGCCUGGACACCACCAACCACCACGUCGGUACCUCCUGCAAGUUCCGCUGCAAGCGAGGGUAUCACGUGGUCGGUACUUCUUCCCACAGUAUGCCUCCCUAUGACAGACGAGUGUUUCGUCGAAGCUGCUCAGAGGAGGGCCUGUGGCAGGGACCGACGUGUGAGCGUGUCAAGUGCAAGCCGCCUCCACCCAAGUUCAAAGGUCUAUACAACUGCACCAGAGGUUUCGACUACCAGAGCAAGUGCAAUUUGAGGUGUGGAGAAAAUGACAAGAUGGGAACUACCAUAACCUGUCAGCGGGAUGGCAGCUGGAACGGAGUCUUCAAUAUGUGUAAGAACCUAAAAGGAGACUGCCCGAAGAUACAGACAAGGAGUGAUGUUGCCUUUCAGUGCAAAGGCUCUAGCAUUGGAGCAACAUGCAAGGCAGUCUGUACAGUAGGAGGCAAUGUUCCAAUCAUCAUAAAAGCAAACGACAAAAUGUUCCUGACUCCGCGCAGUGAAGACCGGCACGGACCAGUUUCACCACACGACUGGUCGUACAAGUCUCUAGCGGACAAGUACGAGAAGAUGGCCAAGUCCAAGAUGACGAUGAACACCGUGAAAGACGUACUGUUGACGUGUACGGGAGGGCUUGUCUGGUACCCUGACCCAUUGGAUGUGGGAUGUGUGGAAGAAUGUAGUAAGGAAUUCAUCGAUGACGGAUGGUGUGACCAGCAGAACAACAGAGCUUUCUGUAACUAUGAUGGAGGAGACUGUUGCGAGUCAACAAAUGCAAACAUGAAGGUGCAGCCUUUUCCUGCAAAUUGCAAAGAAGAGUGUAGAUGUAAGGAUCCAAACGCCAUCGAAAAUAGAAACGGGAAAAGCAAAGAUAAGUCAAAGGAUGUGUCACACCCCAGCUGGGAUAGAGAAACCAACUAUAGUGAAGAGGUCUCUGCUGAAAAACUAAAUGAGUAUUCCUAUAAUGACAAAGUUGACGACGGCUUCGACUAUCUUUAAGUCCAGGAUUUCUGGAUGUAUAUACUGGGUACUUGUUUCAUAACCCACCCAUUGUGAUGAACCGAGCACAUUUGUAGCUUCAGUGUGUGUGUAGGUGUGAUUAAGCGGGACUAUGGUAUCCAGUCCACAAAAAAUGCCUUGCUUGUCAGGAUACAUAUCUGCAGUGGAAUGAUGUAUGAGAAAUUUAGCUAGUACUUUACGUUGUAUAUAAUCAAAAUCAAACGGGAUUAUAACAUUAAUGUAUAACAUAUUCUCCCAGUGACUACCAUGGUAUUUGAAUGGUUGGCGGUGCAGUAGAGGGGAAUAAGACACCUGAAGUGCUGUACGCGUAUCAAUUAAAACCACUGGUCGUUUGGAUGACAAGAAAUUGAUAAGGCUUAUAUAAUCACUAUAUCGUAUGAUUAUGCAACAGUUUACAUGAGUCAUAAAUCCAUCCAGAAUUGAACACACAUGUAAGGGUGCACAAGAGUUGACCACCUAGCCAUGCACCUAGCUGUAUUAUUGUCUAAUAGUGUGACCCCAAACCAAGUAGCCACAAAAAUGGUCUGCUGAACAGAUGUAUACAAAUAUGGGAGUGUUGACGAACAGCACACAAGUUUUAGAAAGCGUACACUAGCAUGAUAUAUCAUAUUAUAAUAUAAUACAAUUCCAAAUUCUAAUGAUGCCAAAUAUUAACGACAUUUUUAUCAAAAGAGAUGGACGCAACAGUCACCAAUUCGUCUUUACUACGAUAUCUUAGACGUAAUGGUUUAAAGUGCGAUAAAUCGCUAAUAACCCUUCUAUAUAAAAGGGCUAACUUUUCCAGAUAAUUACAAGCUAGCCUCCGUUUAGGUCCUGUAAUUUGAGCAUUAUGAAUAAUAACAACCAUCGUUUUUUUUUACUAUUUUUUUCUACUAUUUCUAUACCAUUACACAUUAAAAAGAUUUUAUUUGAAUUUUAUGCAUUUUAUGCUAAAUAUCAACUCGCAGGAUAUUCAUGGCACAAAAGCCUCGAUUACACAUCAUCUAAAAAACAACGCAAUCAAAUGUUUACUGACUUUGCAACCAACUCAUACUUUCUGCUUUUACUACUACCAUGGACACAAAUAUAUAAGAUACAUAUGUGAACGAAAAUACCGAAACCGUUUGGGAUGAUCAUUAACAAUAAAUACACCAAGGGAUUCAAAACUCAAUUCAAAAAUAUUUUCAGAAGGUUAGAGCUGGCAUGGAUCGGAUGCAGAUUCUCUGCAGUAUUACUAUAUAACCCUGGAUAUUCAAAGUGCAUUCGUGAAAUUCUGCUCACUACUAUCGUGCAUUCAAAGUGGAGAGAUCUUGAACGGCAUUUGAAGUGAUUACUGAAUUAGUGACGGUAAAAAAAUAUACAAGAAAGAAAACAAUACAAAAGUCAUUGUGGUCAGAAAGUGUCGGGGUGGGGCUGUCUAAAUCUCACGUGGAUUGCUGUUUACUUCGUACUUGUAAGUGUGUGCUGAUUGCUUCAGCUAUAAGCAAGACAUGUGAUACCAAUUGUGACGACUUUUGGCACUUCAACUACACUAAUAGCGUAUUGAUGGCAUCGCACUAGUUAUGGUAAUCACUACUAAUACUGUUUCCAUAAUAAGUAGGGUUAAUGUUAAGUCCACGUAAUUGUAAUAAAUAUGUCAUUGUGUUCCAAAGACGUGGCACAGCAAAUGGUGCUAUUAUUAUGGAUGUACUAUAGGCAACUUGUGCCAAGCAUUCUUGUCAGGUAUACGGAGGUCGAAGGUGCUUAUUACUGACAAAGAACUGUUGGACUAUCUUAUCAUGUGCAGCAGCGGAAAGCAUAAAUACUAAUUAAAUACCUUUCACAGUUGAGAGUUACAUUUAUGGUAACAUUUUGGUGAAUGAGUAGUGGUAAAUUUGUACGUCAGUGACGCUAUAGACGAUAUAUACUAGUAUAAAUUAGUAAGGCAGAGAACGUGUCUAAGUUUAAGUUAAAAGAGUUAAUAUACAUGUAAGGAUACGAAAUCUGUGAACAUGGAAAGGAUG